ACAACAACUUCUACUUUCGAGCUAGUAAAGUAGCUGCCUUGAAUCCAGGAGGCACUUUAAUAAAUUGGUUAUAUGAAGUGAUGGACGUUUCAUGCCACUACCAAGUUGUGCCACUGAUCACAGACCUAUAAAAUACGUGCGAUGGAUCCCACUAAGCCUAGGGAUGAUGUUCAGCAAAUGUUUCAGAAGAUGGGAGAGAAACUGGGCUGGUUCCAGCAUCCCAGUCUUGAUGACGCAAUACAGUCUUUGUCGUCCAGUGCAAAGAAGAAGUCAGCAAGAUCAAAACUUAAGCAGGGUAGUAACAGUGAAAGAAAAAAGGCUCCAGACAGUAAUCAGAAAACAAAAAUGCACAGUGUGCCUUCUAAGCCAUCGGACACAUCACUUCGCCAACCAUUUUUAACACCUGCAAAAAGUUUGCAGAGUGUGAUAUCCUCUGAUAGUGAAGAUGAGGACUUUAACGAAAACAAAGAAAAUAUCAGUAAUAAUGUAAAAACGAAUGCAAAGAAGACACUUGCAAAAAAGUCAAAGCCUUCAGUUCAGACCUCAGUUAAAAAAGCAAUGUUGAAAUUGUGUAGCGAUUCUGAGGAUGAAAGUGAGGUGUUUAAUAAACAAAGCCGCCCUUCUGAUAAAACUGCAGCAGACACAAGGAAAAGUGUUGAAGCAUCCAAGGUGUUGGAAUCCCCUGAAAAAGUAUAUUCGGCCCCCAAGUGUUUUGAUAGGUUGAGUGACGAGUAUGAUUACGCUGUGGUUAAGAACAGAGUCUCUUUGGCAUCAAUGACUCUGAACUUGGACAAUCUUGGUGACCCUCUAAUUGAGUCAACCAGAAUUCACAGACGAAGUAGCGCAACUUACAACCAGAUCAUGAAGUGCCUUGAGGAUUCUGAUAUCAAAGAGGUUGAAGAGACGGUUGGUAGUGUUGAGGAUUCUUUUUUGAUAAGUAGCAAAGCUAACAUAAGUGGUGUAGAAUCUAAAGAUACUGAGCUAGAGAAGGAUUAUUCGAAAGAUGAUGAAAACAUGUGUACAGAAGAUACAAAAUACAUUACUGCACUUGAAAUGCCUGAUGAAACAGUGUAUACAAAGCCUAAUGUAAAACUAGAAAAAAUUGCUCCUAAAACAAAAUUGUCUAAAGCAAACGCUAAACCUGUCAAACUGAAACCUGCAAAGUUUACUCUUUUAAGUGAUAGUAGUGAAUCUGAGGAUGAACUGAUAGAGGUGGUGGAUGCUGAAACACAAACCAUGGACAUCCAAGAUUGUUUUCUGGGGUCAUGGAGUAAAAAUGUAAAUGUUUACUCUGAACAGACUGUGGUACAGAACAAUACCACUCACAAUGAUUCUGAAGUGCUGGGUAACUAUAAUAAUGAUACUAUCAAAGGCAAGUUAAGUUACAAUAUAUUUCAGUCUGAAACUCUGGCUGAUGACAUUUUUGGUAUUCAAGACAUUGACCCAAAAAUUUCGGAUUUAUGUAAACAUGACAAUGUUUACAUGAAUGGUACAAUAGUGUCUGAAGGUUUUGGUGUAGAUGAUCAGAAUGUUUUUCAGUCAGACACUGUUUCUGAUAAAACCAAAAAUCAGAUAGGUAUUGCCGCAAAUACAUCAUCUGUAAAUGAACAGAAGUGUGGCAAUGAUAACUAUUAUAAUAAUAUGAGUGACACCAAUGUUUCAUGUGAUAUUGAUGAAAAUGUAAAUGUGACAAAAGGAUUAAAUGUGGUCUCAGAUGAUUUAUAUGGACACACUACUAUUGUUGAAUAUGAAAAAGAAAUUAUUGAAUCCAAAGACAGUAUGCACAUUGAAGAAGACUUUGACAAGCUUUGUAGUGGUCAAAAUGCUCUGGAAAUUUUCUCUGAUGAUGAAUCAAAAAAUAUUAUAAAUGCAUCCGAUGACGAUAGUCAGAUCAGUGAUGAUGUAAGUGAAGUAGAAGUAAUAGACAUUGCUGUUCAAACGGAAUUAAGUCCUCAGGCAAAAAAGAUUGAGGAAAAUAUGAAAAGUAAAGAAAUAAUAAAGGAAAAGUGUGAACAUAAUGCACUGACUGAUGAAAGCAAAGAAUGUAACGAAAUGACUGAGGAAAGCCUUGAGCUUAACGAAACACCACAUCAUAUGGUUACAGACUUGUCAGCGGAAAGUUGUGGUAGAGAUGACAAUAGUACAGAAUCUAUGCAUGAAAGUUCUCUUAGUCAGGGGAGUGACAGGGUUGAUUCAGAAAUAGUGCAGAAAAUCAGUGAAAAAGGUUUGUGUGGCUCCAGUUUGAACGAGAGAGACACACAUUUUGGCCUUUCAAAUGUAGGGAGCAAAGAAGUUUCUCAACAGAACUGGAGAAAGCGACGAUCCUACAGCAGUGAAUCCAGUGGAGAAGAGGAACUAGAGGCCUUUUUCCAAAAGAUGAAGCAGCCUGAGAGACGAAAAAGCGACGAAUCCAGGGAGGAUGUGUACAGUCCAAAAAGCAUGGCAGAUUUCAUUGUUGAUGAUGAUGACAUUACUGAAGAGAGUGACAAUGAGGAUGAUGCCUACCACUUGAGGGAGACCCAACGACUAGAGCGGGAAGAGGACUGCAAACAGCUGGGAGCCAUUGAGAGGGAUGGUGAGGAGGAGGAGGAGGAAAGUGAAGAGACUGAGGAUGAGGAUGAAUCUGAUCCUGGAGAAGAUGUGGAUGACAUUACUGCUAGUGAUGAUAGUGAUGAUGACUUAUCAUCAAAGCGCUAUCUGUCAAGUGUUACCAAGCAGAAGAAAGAAAAGUACAAAGUUCGAGUUAAGCCAGCAGUGCCCACCUUUACAAUGUCUUCAGAAAGUGGAGAUGAAAGUUUAUCAAACUCUGAGGGCACAGAAGCAACUAGCACCACUCGCCAACCUGGAGUAAAGAAGCAUCAACAUAAGCCUAAAACUAAGAGUGGCAGUGGUGGUACAUCAUCAGAUGAUGAUAGGUCUAAUGACAAUGGUUUUGUGCACCCAAAAGCCAUUAUUAGAAAGAAAACUAAGAAGCCUCCCAACAAUGAUGAGGGAGACAGAAACGUUGACAAGAACGUAGUAAAGAUAUCAAAGGCAGCCAUAUUGAGUGACUUGAUGUCGUCCUCGGAUGAUGAUAGUGAUGGAAGCCCGUGCAUUACGCUGAGUUUAGUAGACACAUCGGAAGGCUCUCUGAGUAAUUCAGGUUUCAAGACGCCCCUGGUUCCCCUGCCAGUCUCCAAAUUCCUCACCCCGGCUUCAGUGAAGAGGAGCAAGGGGUCCGUAAAUACGCCGUUCAGUGCUAAGAGUGGUCAAACAUGCACGCAUUCUUUCUUGAAGUCGCUUUCUAUCACAACCCCUGAGGAGAAUAGGGACCCAGAGGCUCAAAGAUUUGUUGUGAAGUUCAAGAAAUAUCGAGAGGAACUAUCCAACUAUUUAUUCAAGUUCUUCAACCAAAGUGUGUUUGAUAGAAAGCUGCCUACAGAUCUGCCAGUGUUAUGGAACAAACGACUCCUUCGGACAGCUGGCUACUGUAGCUACAAGAAAACAAGGCAUAGCGACGAGCGUUCAGCUGUAAUCGAGUUGUCAGAGAAAGUGUGCGAUAAUGCAGAACGAGUAAGAGACACGCUGAUACACGAGAUGUGCCACGCAGCCGUCUGGUUGAUCAAUGGGGUCAACGGGGGCCAUGGCCAGUUCUGGAAGUACUGGGCCCGCCAGUCCAUGAACGUCCACCCAGAACUGCCCGCCAUUGACCGCUGCCAUAGCUACGACAUCAAGACCAAGUACACCUACAAAUGUACACAGUGUGACUACAGUAUCGGACGCCACUCCAAGUCUCUGGACAUGAAGAAAUGGAGGUGUGGGAGGUGCAAGGGCAGCUUCGAGCUGAUCGUCAACAACAUGUCGGCAGGGGCCACAACUCCUGGCCCCGCUUCCGCCACCCCAUCUGCCAGCCUAACCCCCCGCACUCCCAACAAGUUUGCUAUGUUCGUGAAAGAGAAUUACAAUGUCGUGAAGCAGCAGAACAAGGACCUGAAACACGGCGACGUCAUGAAACAGCUGAGCAAACUGUUUGCUGAAAAUAAAAUCACCACUUCUUGACCGACGUGUUGCAAUUCUUGGUUUUUUAUUUUCAAAAAUGAACUUGAUUUAAUAUUUUCAUGGGCAAUAUUGUAAAAAAUGAUCACAUGAUGGACAUUGAAUAUGUCUUCUUUUCCAUUAAGUAAAUAAAUUAAAAAUCA